AUGUCAAUCGUUUUGGUCAUCAUUCUGCGUCUGUUGUAAUCCCAGCUGGAAAGGUAUCUUAAACUAGCUAGCAGCCUAAAACCUCGAAGAUUGUGAUAGAAACAAGGUCCUCACAGCCUUACAGCUUCUAGAUCGCUUGAACGUUGGGAGUUGUUCCGACUCCAGUGAAUGACACAAGACUGAGCAUGUCGCGGACACGACAAAGCUAAUGCUAAUGACGAGCUAAUGCUAACUAGGCGAAUAUAACGGCGUCAUUCAGCAAAGCGGAGCAUCUCGGAUAGCUAACAGCUGUCUAGGUGGGCAGAAAAACGUUGCAUCGGUCAUUGCAGUAGCAAGUAGAUAUCUAAAAUUAAAGUCAAUCUAUACGGAAACAACCAACUAUGGGUGCGGAGCAAAGUGGUGAUGCUGAUCACAAGCAUUCCGACUACAGUUCUUCAGUUGUCCCCUCACCAGCAAAACAAAGAGCGAAAAUGGAUGACAUAGUGGUGGUUGCUCCAGGAACACAAUCAUUACGCAACAUCCAUAAUGACCCUGAUGUCAUCAAACUUCAAGAGAUCCCCACCUUUCAACCUCUGUUGAAGGGUGUCCUGAGUGGACAGACGUCUCCUAGCACAGUGUCUCUGGAGAAGCUGGACUCAGCGCAGGUGCUGCAGCUGUGCUUGCGCUAUCAGGACCACCUCCACCAGUGUGCUGAGGCCGUGGCCUUCGAUCAGAACGCCCUGGUGAAGAGGAUCAAAGAGAUGGACCUGUCUGUGGAGGCGCUCUUCAGCAUCAUGCAGGACAGGCAGAAGCGCUAUGCCAAGUACGCCGAGCAGAUCCAGAAGGUGAACGAGAUGUCGAUGAUUUUGCGGCGCAUCCAGAUGGGCAUCGACCAGACCGUUCCUCUGAUGGAGAGGCUCAACAACCUGCUGCCUGAGAGUGAGCGGCUGGAGCCCUUUAGCAUGAAGCCUGAGGGAGAGCUCAAGUAGACCCACACAGGGCAUGACGCUACCCAGGGUUCAGCGCUUGUUCCCUGGGAUGAAAGAACUGUAAUGCGCUUAGCCUGCAUUCUCAGGAUAUUGCCAUCAGAACUUUCAGCAGAGGUCUUGCAGCAAGCGUGCAUGAUGCAUGCAUGCUCUGUGAACCUAGACCAGGAAUCAGUUUGAUGUUAAAGACUAUAAAAGGUGCAUAAUUGAACAUUGAUAAAGUGACACUUGAAAUGUGUAUAAUGAAAAAUCUUAUGUAAAUAAAUCAGUGUAAAAAAACUUUUAAAUACUUUUUUACAGUUUGUGUUCUGAUUUUUAAAAAAAGUUAGAUUUACAUGUCAAUGUUUUAUUUGCUACUGUUGCAACGAUUCCAAGGAAGAAAAAAAAACAUUUUUGAUGAAAAACCCACAUGGGCUAUAACUUAAGUUUCUGCUUUGAUUCCAGAAUAUGGUUGAAGAAAUAAAACAUUUUUCAUUGGGAUAUCA